GCAAUUGACAUGUCAACUGCAGUACUUAAACUAUCAGAGAAGGGUGAUCUUCAGAAGAUUCAUGACAAGUGGCUGAUGAAAAGUGCUUGCAGUGCAGAAGGAGCAAAGCAAGCUGUAGAUCGCCUUCAGAUAAAGAGCUUUUGGGGCCUUUUUCUGCUGAGUGGCAUAGCUUGCUUUCUUGCUCUUGUUCUUCAUGUUAUUCGCAUGAUGCACAAAUACUACAAGCGGCCUGAUUCUGACUGUGAGAGCUCACAAUCUAGACGGCUUCAAUCUUUCGUUUCGUUUGUAAAUAAAAGGGAGCAAGAAGUGAAAAGCAGACCCAAGAGAAUGAGGACUGAGAAGGCCUCAAGUAAAAUAGUGCAUGAAGAUAGUAGCAUCAAUGGUUUGGAUGAAAGCGUCUAAACUAUGAGAUAAUGAAAAAAAGUGAAAAAUAAGUGAUUGAUUUGUAGCUCAAAUGAUUAUAUCCAUGCAUAAUAGGUCUUUAGAUUCGAUUUUUCAUUCUCUAAUAUUACUUGUAUAAAAA